AUGUCGAUGAUGCUGAUAUUUUACACACGGAUUUCUCCAAAAUCUUUCUGCCUUUUACUCCAAGGAAGCAAUUUCCUUGACAAUCUCGUCGUAGGCCUCUCUGUACUCCUCGGUCUUGUCAGCGUUCUUCUUGGCCUUUCCGCCGCCUGGAACAAUAAAGACACAAGAAGUUGGUCUCUUGGUGGCGCCGGCAGAUCCCAAAUCUUCCUUGGAUGGGAUGAAAACGAAAGGAACAGCCGAAUCUUCACAAAGAACUGGGAUGUGGGAGAUGACAUCUGCUGGGGAAAUGUCGCCGGCGAUGAUCACAAGACCCUUUUCGCCCUUUCUCAAAGCCUUGACGACUUCCUUCACACCUCUCUUGACAUGCUUGGCUUUCGAUGCUUUUUUCACCGUUUUGAGCACUUUUUUGUUCAAUUUUUUGGGAGCAAGAGGCUUGGCGAACGGCAAAACGGCCGACAUUCUCUUUUCGUAGUUGUCCUCGCUGGACUCUUCCACUUUGUCCUUCUUGGCCAUUUUUGUGGAUGCUUUAGGUUGGGUUCUGGAAAAAAUGUUUAG